AUGAGUAAGCGUACCAUACGUGGACAAACUUUAUAUAACAAGGAAUGGGAGACCCGAUUUCCCUGGCUUGAAUCACAUCCCCAGGAUCAAUAUGCUGCAAGAUGCAAAUGGUGCAAUCACUGCUCAAUUGCUGUUGCUAGCAUGGGAAUUACAGCCAUAAAAAGUCAUGAAAAAGGCAACAAGCAUGGGAGAGCAUCCGAGGCAUAUAAAAAAACUGUGCCUUUGAUAAAUCAAUGGAUUGUUAGACCUAAAAUUCUGCCCACAAAAGAUUCAGAACCUUCAAGCUCUAAAUCUGCAGAUGACCCAUCCAUUGGAAAUCAAUCUUUGGCUGAAUGCAAGAAAACUCAAAUGGACUUAUUGCAGGGCCCAGCUUCCCAGUCCGUCCCAAAUGAUCAUCAGAAGAAGACGCUUGAAUUCUACUUAAUAAAGAAAUCCGUCGCUGCAGCUGAAAUAAGGUGGUGUUUGCAGACUGUUAUAUCACAUCGUUCCCUUCGCAAUUCUGAAAAGGACUGCAUUUUGAUGAAAGCGAUUUUCCCCGAUAGUAAAAUAGCGGAAAAUCUAAGACUGAAAAAAGAUAAAAUUUGCUACGGAAUAACAUACGGCUUAGGUCCUUAUUUUCGGUCUGAAUUAAUCGAGAAGAUAAAAAACUGUGACUUAUACGUGGUUGGUUUUGAUGAAUCUCUAAACAAAUACGCUCAGUCGCAACAAAUGGACGUCUCAGUCAGAUAUUGGGAUUCACAAGAGAAUGAGGUUAAAACGCGAUAUUUAACUUCUGUAUUUUUGAAAAGUGCUAAAGCCAACGAUAUUUUAGAAGGCUUGAAAAAAGCUCUUGUCGAAAGCAGUAUGAAAAAGAUUUUGCAAAUCUCGAUGGAUGGUCCAAAUGUCAAUUUCAAAGUUUUGAAAUUACUUUCUGCAGAAUUACGACCCGAAAAAGACGAUCCUCAACUUUUGGAUAUUGGCUCAUGUGGCAUCCACACUCUUCAUGGUGCUUUUAAAACUGGAAUAAUGGCAACUGGAUGGAACUUGAUUGAUCUCUUCAGAGCUUUAUACAAUUUUUUUAAAGAUGUUCCUGCUCGGCGAGGAGAUUACAUUCGGAUUACCAAUUGUAACCUGUUUCCACUAAAAUUUUGCAGUAUCAGAUGGCUCGAAAAUGCACCUGUUGCGCAAAGAACUUCGGUCAUUUUACAAGCAAUCAAAAAAUACUCUGAAUCUUUUGCAAACCGACCAAAGAACGAGCACCCGAAGUGUAAAAGUUUUGAAAUACUCCAAAAAUUGGUCAACGAUGAGCUUCUCCCUGCGAAACUGGCGUUUUUCGAAAUGUUCGCCCGAGAAAUCGAACCGUUUCUUAAUGAAUUUCAAAGUGACAAGCCGUUGGCACCAUUUCUUCACACUGCUUUAACUGAGAUUGUUCAUAAUGCAAUGACCCGCAUCAUCAAGAAAGAAGUUUUGGAUUCUACGCCUAUCAAGAACAUUGAUAUAAACAAUAGUAAAAAUCUCAAGUUCACUAAAGACGUUGAAGUGGGUUUCGGAGCUAGAAAAUUAUUGAAAUCCAAAACUUUGUCCCAGAAAGACAUUAUUCUGUUCCAGCAGGAUUGUAUGAAAUGCAUUCAAAAGUUCAUAUCAAAACUUUUCGAUCGGUCUCCAUUAAAAUAUCCUUUGACGCAAGCCAUCACGUGCAUUAAUCCAGACAUCGUUGAAAUCGGCGGCGAAAAACGUUUGAAAAAAGCGCUCGAAAUCUUCGUCGAAAAAAAUCUUCUGAUCCCCAGCAUGGCUGAAUCUGUUACCCGAGAGUAUUCCAGGUUCAUCCGCAUUAGCACUGUCAAGAAUGAAAUGAAGAAUUAUUCUCGAAAAGAAACACGUCUCGAUCAUCUGUGGAUGAAAAUUCUCGGCUCGAUGGAUGAAUUCCAAAAUUUGAAGAUUUUUGUGAAAAUGAUUCUCAUAUUAUCACAUGGCAAUGCGGCAGUUGAAAGAGGAUUUUCCGUCAAUAAAGAAUGCCUCGUGGAAAAUCAAAAAGAGGCAUCUUUGAUUGCUCAACGACACGUUUAUGAUGCUGUGAUGGAACGUGGUGGUAUUCUAAAAACAGAGGUCAAUCAGUCCAUGGUACACGCGUUUCAAAACUCCCACAGCAGGUACACUGAAAUGCUCAAAGAACAACGGCAAAGGAAAGAAACAGAGAUAGUUCAAGAAGAAAAGAAAAGACAAAUAUCCAGAGAAGUUCGAGAAUUGGAAAAAGAAAAAGUGUCUUUGGAUAGCAAACGGGACAUGAUUGUUGAAGAAAUUAAUGAGAAAAAACGAAAAUUAAAUUAA